AUGAAAAAGUCACCGACUAUGACUCGUUUCUCUGCCCAGGAAAAUGAGCAGAUGAAGUCCGGGGACCGAACGGCAUUUGUGGCGCUACCUAAGAGUAUGAAGACCAAGCGCGCCGCAAAGAAUGAUGAGCUCAACAAGCACAUCACGCGCUCGUGUAAGAAAUUUGGGCUAGAAGCAGUUCUCCAAUCCGGCGAUUCCUAUUUCGCCGUUGUUUUCGAUACAACGGAAAACCGAGAUCGGGCUCUGGAGGCUGUGCGGGCAAAGAGAUUUCGUCAGGACUCAGUGGUGUAUGGACGGUGCCGGGGGGAGUAUGGGGACACGACGGAGAAGAUCGCCGGCGCCAUUCGGGCCCAAUUUGGGGACGAUAAAAACGCCGAGGCGUUCUGCUUAAAGGUAACGGUUAAACGGGUUCUUCAGCAUGACAUCCCAAACGGACAGUUUAUGGUCCGUUUCGAAAAACCGGCGCCGUGGCUCGGUAAGCAACUGCAGAUGGCCAACGGUUUUCGUUUAAUCACCUGUGAGCCGGCGGACCGAUGCCGGUUUUGUGGGCAGAAGGAGCAUGGUCCCUGGGAUUGUGAGGAAACCUCCACCUUUUCGCUGCUAGCACCCGGGACCGUUUGGACUGUGUUCACCCCCCCUUGGCCGUCCAAAGCAACCCGCUCUCCCCGCCGGGAAAGGAAGUUCUCCCCAGAAGAAACGCAAGACUGCACAUGA